AUGAGCCCAGCACCAUAUGUGGACUGUCACCAGCUGUUGAUCAUCGUCGAUGCUCCUUGCAGGGAAGCCGCUGAGAGGACGUUGACCGAUGAGAGCAUCGAUUGCCCGCACAUCGAGACGCUCGCCAACGGUGCCGUUCGCCUUGAGUUCAUUUCGGCGCACACGGCCCUGAUGGCGUAUGACGCUUUCCGUCGAUAUCACGUGCGCUCCCAUGCGUCGCCGCGGCUCCAGAGCUUUGUGAGCCAGCGCGGUGCUGCUGAGCACGACCAGCGCUCGCCCCGCGACGAGUUCCAACUCCUGGACCCAUACCACGGGUUCAUUGUCCUGGUGGACGUGCCGCCCAAAGGACUUGAGAAGUUCACAGACACCGUCAACGCCCUCAACGGCAUGGUGCUCGGACGUGGCUCUGAUGGGCUCAUGUACGUGGCGUUUGCCACCCGCGAUGCGGCCGACGCUGUCAUGCAAGACCUCAACGCCGCACAGCCAAUCAACGGACACCACUUUGAGGCAGAACCUUACAUGGAAAGGGGUUGCUUCAGCCGCAUCGAGGAUGGCAUCACGGACGAGGAAGAGCAGCGCUGGCCUCAGUCAUCACCGGCCCAACAGGCACGGGAGACUCAAGGCAUCCAGCAAGAAGCAGACACGCACGAGGGCACCGCGCCACACGCGCCAACGCAGCUUCCCCCGACGCUUCAACCCAACGCUGUGCCUGCACCGGCCCAACGCACGCGUAGCGGAGGCCCUCCGAUCACUGGCGCUGGCAAGCCUCAACACCACCAACAAGAGCAGCAACAACACCAGCAGCUGCAGCAGCUGCAGCCGCACCAGCUACUGCAGCCACAGCCGCAAGGGCGCCGAGAUGGUGGCCCUGAGCAACAAGGCCUACCCCCACAGUCGCAGGUUUGGGGACAGGCCGCCCACGGCGGAGGCAAGCAGUAAUGGAAUGACGAAGACG